ACAGGCUGCGGGGGGAGGGCAAUAUCCCGGUCCCGUGCAGUUCCCAUGUUCCCGUUCUUGUCCCGUGUUGCAACAUGGCCCUGCGGAGGGUGCUGGCGCUGGCGGCAGCCUUGGGGCGCCGCAGCUGCUGCUCCAAGCCCUCGCUGCCCCCUGCCUUCGUGGAGGCCCUGAAGUCCAUGGUUGGGCCCCCCAAUGUCUCCACGGCCCCAGCGGUGCUGGAGCAGCACGGCCACGAUGAGUCCAUGCACCCCUGUGCCCCCCCGGACGUCGUGGUGUGGCCCCAGGCGGUGGGGCAGGUGCAGGAGCUGGCAGCCCUCUGCCACCGCUACCGUGUGCCCAUGGUGCCCUUUGGCACCGGUACCGGCCUGGAAGGAGGCGUCAAUGCCGUGCAGGGCGGUGUCUGCUUUGACCUGAGCCGCAUGGAUGCCAUCACAGAGCUGAGCCUCGAGGACUUCUCGGUGACUGUGGAGCCAGGUGUCACCCGCAAGGCCCUCAAUAAGCACCUGCGUGGCACCGGGCUCUGGUUCCCUGUCGGUACCGUGGGCAUGAGGGGAGUCAUGGGGCUGGGGGUGACAGCAGUGUAGGGGCUGGUGAUGAGG